UUGGUCCGCAGGGCAGCACUGGUCCGAAAGGGGGAGAGACAGUGGAAGCGGAAGUAGCCGCACUGCGGCUUCUGCUGCUGCUGCUGCUGCUCGUCUGCCUGCGAAUCGAGCACGGUGAAGGAUUCGGUCGGGCUUUUUCUCCUCUCUUCUUUCCUUACCUCCCUUUUUCCCAGUUGGAGUAGUAGGAGUAGUGGUAGUACCCUUCUCUACUAACGCCUCGCCUUGGUUGCAUUCAAAGCUUCCGUAUUUAGAAUCGAGUCGACCUCGCAUCUCUCCACUCGUUUCCCAUCUCUUCUAUUUGUCUUCUUUCUCGUUUUCUUUUAUCUCGACAUCUCAAUUUGGGGGGAGGGAGGAGGAGUGGAAGGAAAGAUGGAAGAUCUGUACAGUAUCCAUCCGGGAAUCUCAGGGAGUGGAGAAAUAGCGGCCGUCGGAUCGACGUCCAGCUAUCCGUACUUCGAGGCGGACCGCUCGCACAGCGGCGGGGCCGCCGAAGCGUCGGAUAUCUCCGGCGGCGGGGGAUCGGAUCUCACGGAUCUGAUCAAGGCCCAGAUCGCCAGCCAUCCUCGCUACCCUUCCCUCGUCUCCGCCUACAUCGAAUGUAGAAAGGUGGGGGCGCCGCCGGAGAUGGCAUCGCUGUUGGAAGAGAUAGGGCGGAGGAGGUACACGAGCGCGGGGUGCGGGGAGAUUGGAGCGGAUCCGGAGCUGGACGAGUUUAUGGAAUCCUACUGCCGGGUUCUGCAGCGGUACAAGGAGGAGCUGUCGAAGCCGUUCGACGAGGCGGCGUCCUUCCUCAACAGCAUCGAGGUGCAGCUGAGCAAUCUCUGCAAGGGCUGCACCACCUCCUCCUCCACCACCACCGCCACCGGCAACUCCCCUUCCG